AUGGCCCUAGAGGCCGCUGCUUCCACCCAGGAGCUCUUCACCGAUGUAGGGCUCUAUUUAUUUGGUGCGGAUGUUAAUCCUGAAGAAUUUGUAAACAGAUUCUUUGACAGUCUUUUCCCGCUGGUCUAUAAUCAUCUCAUUAACCCUGGUGUGACUGAGAGUUCCCUGGAAUACUCAGAAUGUAUUCGGACGGCCCGCCGGGACAUUAGCCCAUUUGGUAAUAUUCCCAAAAGAGUACUGGGACAGAUGGGGCGGUCGCUGCUGCCCAGUCGCACGUUUCUGCAGGCGCUGAACCUGGGCAUUGAAGUCAUCAAUACCACAGACCAUCUGCACUUCUCCAAAGAAUGUGGAAGAGCCCUGCUGAGGAUGCAGUACUGUCCACACUGCCAAGGCCUGGCUCUCACUAAGCCUUGCAUGGGGUACUGCCUCAACGUCGUGAGAGGCUGCUUGGCACAUGUGGCAGAGCUUAACCCACACUGGCAUGUGUACAUCCGGUCACUGGAAGAGCUGUCGGAUGCCAUGCGUGGGACCUAUGACAUUGAACACGUGCUUCUGAACUUCCACUUGCUCGUUAAUGAUGCUGUGAUGCAGGCUCACCUUAAUGGACAGAAGUUAUCAGAACAGGUAAAUAAGAUUUGUGGCCGUCCAGUCAGAACACCCACACAAAGCCCCCGUUGUUCUUUUGAUGGAAGCAAAGAGAAGCAUGGAAUGAAGAUCUCUAUAAGAAACGGUGAAGAGACACUUGCCAACAGAAGAAAAGAAUUUAUCAGCAGCCUUCGACUGUACAGGACGUUCUAUGGGGGCCUGGCUGAUCAGCUUUGUGCCAAUGAAUUAGAGGCCGUUGAUGGACUACCAUGCUGGAAUGGAGAAGACAUAGUAAAAAGCUACACUCAGCGUGUCGUUGGAAAUGGAAUCAAAGCCCAAUCUGGAAAUCCUGAAGUCAAAGUCAAAGGAAUAGAUCCUGUGAUAAAUCAGAUUAUUGAUAAACUGAGGCACGUUAUUCAGUUGUUACAGGGUAGGUCACCCAAACCCACCAAGUGGGAACUUCACAUGGGCAGUGGUGGCGGCAUGGUUGAACAGGUCAGCGGGGACUGUGAUGAUGAAGAUGGUUGUGGGGGUUCAGGAAGUGGAGAAGUCAAGAGGACACUAAAAAUCACAGACUAUUCUCAUCAUCAUACCAAAUUUUAUUUACUUGAGAAAGCCAGGACUCAGUCUCAAACUUUUAUCAUCCCUAUUCUCAACUACUUUCUGCUCCACAAACCACUUACCGCAUCAUAA